CUCCAGCCCGCUUCUUUUCUAAGGGGUCUUUGAAAAGCUUGACCGGUGCACGCAGCAGAGAGAGUACCUUCUGAAUCUCGGUUUUGCUUCUAUUUAUUUCUUUUGUCAAAAGUAAAUAUGAGGCAUUUCAGAGGGCAAAGCGUGUAGUUCUUAAACAUCUCUCAUUUUGCCCCCCCCCAACCCCCACCUAACUUUGGGAAAUGAUAAUUUCUCCGCAAUUUUAUGUCUUAAGGGUUGUCAGACAUGAGGGCUCAACUCGAAGUCUGCAGAGGAAGAGUACUUAUGGGGCGUCCCUGAAAUGGCAGCAAAGCUGGGUUGGAAUAAUUGAUUCUUUUGGAUUUUUUUUUUUUUCUUCCAUGGCCUCAGUGUCCAUUGGAUUCAGGCUAACCUGAGUGACUUAUUUAGAAUUAAACUUAACAGUUUUUCUUCUUCUAAGAGUAAAUGCUGUCAUAUGGGGAAGGUAAAUUUUAAACUGGUUGGCACUUGUGGUUUGCUUGGAACUCGAUCUUCUAAUGGUCCUUUAUCCAAAGCAAAAACCAGGAUCAAUUAAAAAGUUUCAUUUGAAUUAAUUUUGAGAGUCGUGAAACUAUCCUCACUUCUCAAAAAAUUUCAGUAUAUACUUAUUUGGGAUAACUAAAAUUUCACACCACUGUUGUAAACUUUUCAACAAGGGUUUGUUACACUCUGAAAAAUGGAAGAUUUUCAAGUUGGGGAGUGCAUUUCAAGUUGGGGAAGGUGCUGAUAUUUGGAAAACUAGAAUUUGUGAGAAACGGAUUCAUUCUCUUAAUAAAUGAGAUACUGACACCUAAUUAAAAUGUUAAUUUGAUAAAUAUUAUGAAUAACAUGGUUUUUUUCAUAAUAAUGAAUUGAUCUUUGGCAACCCUAGAUCUAGAGUAUAUAAAGUUAUUUAAAUUUAAUUAACUACUUUGAGAUACAAGAUACAUGUGGCAGAACUUUUUUUUUCCUUCAAAAUAUAAUUAAGUGCAAUAUUGUGGUCCUGAAUCCUCAGUUUGUACCUGGGUAUGCUUACAAUUUUUCUAACUGCUGUGGCCCAUGUAAAAAUUUUUUUUUUCUUUAAGUAGAAUGCCAAACAAUAAGUCAAUAAACAGUAUGUGUUUAGUAUGGAUAUGACAACUUUUAAAUAGCCAUUAUGAAUAAUGCUUCAAGUGUUUUAUGAAAAACUAUGCUUUUAAAAUUUUAAAUUAUUAGGGUUUAAAAAAAUAACUCUUAAAGUUGACACUGUGAAUAUUUUAAAAAUGGUCUAUGAACUAUAAUUGUUAACAUGUAAAGGCUUUGUUGACCAAGAACAGGAAAAAAAAUUAGGUCACUGUACACUAUGAAAAAAUAAUUUUAAAAAUUCUCAUGCUUUAAUUAUUAUAAAUGAAUUGCUGAAUUUAUUUUGUGAAGUCAUAAAUCAAUAUUCAACACUAUUUUUUUCUUAUUCCUAAUCAUUUCACUUCUCCAGACUAACAUGCAGAAUAAUGUAAAUCCAUGGAAACUAGAGUGUUUCCCUGUAAAUGUUAAUACUCUUGGAUUCAUUUAUUUAAUGUGAAACAAAGAAAUUAUUAAAUAAAUAGCAUAAUUUGGGAUAUAAUGCCCUUAACAAAGACUUUUAGAUAAGCCUGAAUAAAGGCUCUCUGGAAAAGAAAGGAAUGAAAACUUGUAUAGAAUUUGGUUUAGAAUGCACAAACUAUAAAUGGAAAGAGAUGGAAUCUGGAAUAUAGGCAGUGAUCAACUGUGAGUUUAUAUGUCUAGAUUAAAUUCAUAGGUCCAUAGAGAUGGAUGGUAUAUAGUAUGCUUAAUGCAAAAACUUGAAAGAAAAGAAAAGGUUAAUGAUAUGAAUUUGGCUGUGCUACUUGAGGACAGAGUAUUUGAUGCAGUAAAAUAUCUAGUUCUUUACCCGAGAUUGACUAAUCUGGUCCAUGUGUUUGAUAUUUAAAAUAUUUUUAUAUUAUCUUGACAUUUUGGUCUCAAUAUAAAUAAAUUUAACCUGGAAUGUAUACCUCUCAUUUCUUGGUAGUAUAAGAAAGUAGAAUACUUUAUGGAAUACCUUUAUUUUCUGCCUAAUUUGGUGGUAAAAUUAACAUGCUAUAGUUUAUUGUAAAAUGUGAAGCUGUUUAGUCAUUCCUUCAACAUAUAAAAUCUUUUUAAAAUUCAUUCAUCAAUAGAUGUUUAUUGAGACUUUCUAUUAUGAUUUCAGAUGAAAUAAGCUUUGAAAUUGAAAUUUUGUCAUGUAAAAAUGAAAAGUUAAUGCAUAUAAUAAAUCAAAAGCUGUAACUUUUUUCUUUUCUCACAAUCUUUGAUCCUAAGUAUUUUCUAUCCAAAGACUUUUGAUGUUGCUAAGUUUUGUUAUUUGUGUUAUAGUAACAGUAUCUUCUUCUUUUUGUUAUGGUUGAGAAAUGAGGUGGUUCACAAAAAUGGAUUUCAUAGGUAUUGGCAUGUUUCUCAUUUAAUAUAAAACCUUUCUAUUUAAAUGAUACUGGGUAGAGAUCUUUCUAAGUGUAUUUAUUACACAGCCCCCUCCCUGUCUUAUAAACAAAGUACAUGAGAGAUCACUUUAUCUUGGUAACCUUGAGUCACUAUUCUGACCAUCAGGUAAUGUUCUAUAGUAUAUUCUUAUGGGGGAUUUGAACUGUGCAGAGCUGAAUGCCCCUACACUAAAUAUUCCAGGGUUAUUGAACAAAUUUUGUUUCCUUGAUGUCAGCUUCUGCUUCUUAUCACAUGGCUUUUGUGGAAGCCAUUUUUCAUUUCUAGGUCCCUUUCUAUGCUUUGGAUGGUUGAGUUUUACAGAGAUAUAGCCUCCAAAUGGUGGAGUUUACUAGCCCUCCAUUAUGAGCAUAUGAAGGAUGAAAUGGUAAAGUUCAAAGGAACAAAAAUGACAGAAUAUAAUUUUAGAAAAUUCCUGUGUGUACUUCCUAUGAUCCAAUAUGCUAUUUCACACUUCCAUGUCUUCACUAAGAUUUUCAGCCCAUUUUCUACCUGGUUAUGCUUACUCAUCCUUCGCUCUGCAGGUGCCCUCCUUCUGAUGACCUUCUCUGAUGCCUUCUGGUGGUCUCCCUACUGGUCCCUCACCUCCCUUCACCUAGGCCAAGGUCCUUUCCUUUCUGUACACACUUCUGCCAGUUGUAUUUAUUGCUUUAAAUGUUUCUAACCCCACUGGUCUUUAAGCUCUUAGAGGGCAGAGAGUAUGUUUUAUUUUUGUGUGCUCGGUGUCAGAAAUGGUUUCUGUUCAUAAAAGACCCUCACAGUUUGUUGCAUUCAAUUAAGAAAAUAGUGCUGAAAAGUAAUUUUCAUUAUGUUUAUAUGACACCUUUUAUUUAAUUAAUUUCUAUGAGUAGGAGAUUGGUGCUAGCAAUUCUUUGAUAGAACUCAGAAAAAUUUUAAAGUAUUUAAUUAAAUGGUAUAAUAGAAAAAACAGAGAAAACAAAAAUGUUAUUUUUUUUUUUGGCUAAACUAGCCUUAAGGCAAAAUCUUAUCUAUUAGCUAUACAUCAGCAGAUUUCAGGAUUACAUGUAAGUCUAUUAAAAUAUGAAUCAAAUAUGAACAGAAAUUUGCUUUCUCAGUCAGUAAGAUAGAAAUGACACUGUAAAAUUAGCAUACAACUUUCCAGUAAUACCUUUUUAAUACAUUAUUAUAAACUUGUCAAUAUAUUAACUGUAUAUACUCACUUAUUUAGUACUAAAAUGUUAGUCAUAGAUCUUUUAUCAGACAUUCAAUGUAGACCAUGUAUGAGAAGAACUGAGUGAUUAAUACAGAAACUUGCCUGUAGUAGGUGCUCAAUAAAUGAUGUUUUCAUGCUAAGGGUUCAUUAAUUAUUGUGAAAAGAGAUUCUAAACAUCACAAGGAUAUAGAGUGCAUUCUGCUAUCUAGCUUUUUAAAAAUAUAACUCUUCAUUAGCUGGUAUAUUUAUAAUAAUUAAAAAGCAUAAGGAUGACUCUAAGGCCUUUUGAAUCACUAAAAAAAAGAUGAAAUAAUGAAACAAUUAUAUUUCUAUUAUAUGUAGAUUAUUUGAAAUGUAACCUAUGUAUAACAGUUAUUAUUACUAUAUAACCUAUCAAAAUACUUUAAUCCCCAGUGAUUAUGAAUAAUUUUUUCAGUCUUAAUUGAAAUCUGCUUUCUGCAUCCAAAAUUAAAGUUCUUAGAGUCCAAAGUGUUGUAGAGUAAAUCGAAAUAGUGUGGAGUUGAUACCAUAUUAUAUUAGAUAUGUGUUUCAUCUAAGAGACAUAAAAAGUAAGUGUUUAAUAAAAGAUAUGAAACAGAAUAAAAUGUAUUAAUGGAACAAUACUUUUCACUCAUUGUCAAAAAUUCAAAAUCCACUUACCUCCUGACUUUUUGUAUCAAUAGAAUUGGCAGCAUAUUACAAAUUGUAUUUGUUAAUGUAUGUUCUUAGAGAUGAAAUUUUUGGUACCUCAGAUUAUUUGUGGGUUUAUAAAGGAAACUUUUUAAAAUAAGAGAAAUUGAAAACAUUUCAGUAGCAUCACUGAUGAAACAAUACAAAGCUACAUUUUUUAGUUAUAACUCCUAAUUAUCUAAAAGAUUACUUAACUAGAUUUCUUGCUUAUUUUGGUUGUUAACAUACCUGUAGCCCUUCCUAGACUGUCAGGUUCCAAAGCAUAGGCAUAUUUUUUAUCAUCAGCCCAUUCCUCAGCACAUAGUACAACAACAGUCAUAUUUAUUGAACAAAUUAAUGAAUGAGUUGCCUGUGUGUUUCGUCAUUUGAUUAUUUAUUUGUUCAGCUUUUAGGGCAAAGAGAGUAAAGAAAAUAAUGACAUUGAAACUAGUUAAUUAUGCUGGUUAAUUUGUCAGAGGUACUGUAAAAGGUUUGGUAGAAGAGUCUGGAAUGUUGGCUAAAUCUAACAAUAUGAAUAGUACCAUCUUUUUCUAAUCCAAUAUUGACUCUACUCUGGGCAAAAUAAUAUAGUGCCCUCUAACUUAUGGAUUUGUUUAAAAUUUUUGCAGCAUUCUUUAUGUCAAUGAAGCACUGCACUUUCCACAAUAAACCAUUUUCCACAACAAAUGUUUUGAUUCUUAAAGUUGACAAUAAUAUACUUUACUUAAUUUGAGUUCUCUAACACAGCUUAUCAGUUCACUUGCAAAGUGAUAUCUAUUUGAGAGACUAUUAACUUAUCAGAAUAUUUGGCACAUCAGAAGAGUUUCCUGUAAUAGUAGUCAUGUAGGCUGUGGAUAUGAAAAAAGAUCAUGCUCACAAACCUACAAACAUUUUUAUAGAUGUGGAAUUACAUCAUAAUUAAUAUAUAAUAAUAGCUCCAGUCUGAAAACUAAGUAACUAAUUUUUAUAAUAUUUAACAACUAAUCAUUUUUGCUAUCAUCUAUCUUUAUCUCUGUAAUUAGGAAAGGACUUGCUAAUACUCAUUAAUAGUUGAUUUUAUGCUUGCAUGCAGUAUAGACAGUACCAUGUAUGUGCAUCAGAGGCUAACUUGAUUUAAAUUUCAUUUGACUUUCAUGAGUAUCAUUUACCAAAUUUUAAUGUGUUGAAGAUUAUCAAUGUAUAAAUUUAUACUCUGACCUCAAAGUGAAACUUUUUUUAAUCAACUCUUUGAAACUCUUUGAAAUAUUAGCAUUUUAUAAAUGUGAUGAGUAAGAUUACGGUUCUGCACUCUUGGUUUUUUUCCUGUGCAUAUUUGCUCAUGUAAAAUUAUUGAGUUAAGAACAUCAUUAACUCUUCUAUUCCCUGUGUUUAAUUAAGUACCUAUAAAGGCUCAGGCUAAGGUGGUUGGGACAUGCUUUUGUUACAGUGUAGUAACCAACUGCUCAAUAACAAAAAAAACACAUCAUGAUUAUAUAUUAUAAAUUUUUAAAAUACUUAUUAUAAGUGUUGGGGGUACUUCUUGUCUUAUUUUUAUGUUCAGAGUUAAAGAAUGUGAAGAAUUGUUAAAUAUUUUGAGUGAUUCAACUUUGAAACACAGAUAGUUUAAAAACUAUUCUGAAAUACAGGUGCUUGGGUGGCUCAGUCACUUAAUCAUCUGACUCGAUCUCAGCUCUAGUCUUCAUCUCAGGGUCAUAAAUUCAAGCCCUGUGCUGGGCUCUGUGCUGCAUGUGAAGCCUACUAGACAAACAAACAAACAAACAAACAAACUCUCCUGAAAUAAUAAGGUGAAACUCUUGCAAGUGGUAACAGUUUUUAUAUAUAUGCAUCUUCAUUUUAUUCAUAUUGACAAGACAAAAUAUAGAAUAAUGUAUGUGUUGAUGCUGAUAUAAACUGUAAGUUUUAUCCAUAUCUAUAGAUUUUUAGUUUUUAUUAAAAGGCAUAUUGUUCUCAUUGUUUGACCUUCUGGUAAUUAUUACAUAUUUGAACUUACUAUACUGUAUACUACUAAGAUACUCCUCUAUGUAUUUUAUGCAUGGCAAUCUCUGUAAGAUUUCAUUUGAAAAAUGAAGUCUCUCUUCAAAAAAAAAUUUAAAAACUCCUGGGAUAGAAAUAGAUGCUUUAUAACUAAGUAGUCUCUGGAAGCCAGUAUUGUCUAAGAUUCAGCAAGUUCUGUAAGUUGUGAUUGUCAGAAAUUAAACUCCUUUUCCCUUGGUUCUACAACUUCCUUUGUUAAGGCUAAGCUUCCUAACUUCAUUUUGGUACUGUGGAUGUUAUGUUGUGCCAUUCAAACCUUGAGAAAUAGCUGGCCCAUUGGGCUGCAUGAGAUAUUUGUCUAAAGCAGUUGUGUGCCAGUGGAUUCAAGGGGACCAAAUGAGAGAAGUUAUUCGUAACUGGUGUAAACCACCAAUUUGCUACCUGUCUUGGUUUGAGAAUUAUUUCAGCAGGACAAAAGACUUUAUGGACCAUUCUAACCAACACACUUCUGCUUACUACCAUAAAAACAAAAUUCAGUGGGUGAACAAUUUAGGAUGAGUCAUUAUUUUAACAUUUUUCAUGCAUUGUAGAAAUAAGAUUGUGAGCUUGUUUGAUAAACAAUAAUUCAGUAGAAGAUAGACACUUGGCAUUUGUGAAUAUAACCUGUUGUUUUGACUCUUUGUGAGUGAUCCUGAAGGAAUACAAUAAUAUGUGGAAAUUUGUAAAUGUUAGGGCUUUUGUAAAGGUUUAAAUAGGAUAAUGUAUAUAAAAGUCCUAUCUCACCUUUUUUUGCACAUUUUUUAAUUGGGUUCUCUUUUUUCUUACUGAUUUGAAGAAGUUAUUUAUAUAUCCUACUUGGUUUUUUAAAAUUUAAUUUAUUUUAUUUUUUAAAUUUACAUCCAAGUUAGUUAGCAUAUAGUGCAACAAUGAUUUCAGGAGUAGAUUCCUUAAUGCCCCUUACCCAUUUAGCCCAUCCCCCCUCCCACAACCCCUCCAGUAACACUCUGUGUGUUCUCCAUAUUUAAGAGUCUCUUAUGUUUUGUCGCCUCCCUGUUUUUAUAUUAUUUUUGCUUCCCUUAUGUUCAUCUGUUUUGCAUCUUAAAGUCCUCAUAUGAGUGAAGUCAUAGGAUAUUUGUCUUUCUCUGACUAAUUUCACUUAGCAUAAUACCCUCCAGUUCCAUCCACAUAGUUGCAAAUGGCAAGAUUUCAUUCUUUUUCAUCCUGAGUAAUACUCCAUUGUAUAUAUAAACCAAAUCUUCUUUAACCAUUCACCAGUUGAUGGACAUUUGGGCUCUUUCCAUACUUUGGCUAUUGUUGAUAGUGCUGCUAUAAACAUUGGGGUGCACGUGCCCCUUCGAAACAGCAUACCUGUAUCCCUUGGAUAAAUACCUCAUAGUGCAAUUGCUGGGUCGUAGGGUAGUUCUAUUUUUAAUUUUUUGAGGAACCUCCAUACUGUUUUCCAGAGUGGCUGCACCAGUUUGCAUUCCCACCAGCAGUGCAAAAGAGAUCCUCUUUCUCUGCAUCCUCACCAACAUCUGUUGUUGCCUGAGUUGUUAGUGUUAGCCAUUCUGACAGGUGUGAGGUGGUAUCUCAUGGUGGUUUUGAUUUGUAUUUCCCUGGGGAUGAGUGAUGUUGAGCAUUUUUUCAUGUGUCGGUUGGCCAUCUGGAUGUCUUCCUUGGAGAAGUGUCUAUUCAUGUCUUUGCCCAUUUCUUCACUGGAUUAUUUAUUUUUUGGGUGUUGAGUUUGAUAAGUUCUUUGUAGAUUUUGGAUACUAACCCUUUAUCUGAUAUGUCUUUUGCAAAUAUCUUCUCCCAUUCUGUCGGUUGCCUUUUAGCUUUGCUGAUUAUUUCCUUUGCUGUGCAGAAGCUUUUUAUUUUGAUGAGGUCCCAGUAGUUCAUUUUUGCUUUUGUUUCCCUUGCCUCCCUUCUUACUCUUGCUUCCACAGUAAGAAGUUGCUGCAGCCAAGGUCAAAGAGGUUUAUGCCUGCUUUUUCCAAGAGGAUUUUGAUGGCUUCCUGUCUUACAUUUAGGUCUUUCAUCCAUUUUGAGUUUAUUUUUGUGUAUGGUGUAAGAAAGUGGUCCAGGUCCAUUUUUCUGCAUGUCACUGUCCAGUUUUUCCAGCACCAGUUGCUGAAGAGACUGUCUUUAUUCCAUUGGAUAUUCUUUCCUGCUUUGUCAAAGAUUGGUUGGCCAUACAUUUGUGGGUCCAUUUCUGGGUUCUCUAUUCUGUUCCAUUGAUCUGAGUGUCUGUUCUUGUGCCAUCUACCUCAAAUUUAAAUUAGUAGGACUGAGAGACCAGAGUACACAAGUAUAUAGUUUAUGUGUUAUCCUAGCCAACAGCCUCAAUGCACAUCUCAAUAAAAGAAAUUUGGAGAUUCUCAAAGGACUCCACAGUUUUCCAUUGCAGACAUCAAUGACCUAAUAUAGUCCUGUUUGCCCCAAACCUAAGAAAACCUGGAGAACUUUUACAGGUAUUUAGGGAUGGAGACACAUAAUGAUUUUAAAAAGUUGAUAUUAAGAAUUAAUGUAAUGGCUCUUAGAUCUUGUAGCUAGUACUCUAUACAGUGACACUGAUGAUUAUAUGAUGGCUCCUUGAGAUAUUGCAUGGUCAUGCUCACAGUUAAAUAAGAAUUUGGAUAAGACACAAAAACAGGAAAAAAUUUGUUUUUAUCAACAGAAUGCCCUUGUGUACAAAAAUCUUACGUGGGACAGAUGCAAGUGUGAUGUUCCAGUUAAGAGGAGGGAGAAGGCAAGAGACUACUGCUAUGCCUACCUAGCUGCUGGCCCUUUCCUUCUCCUGACACAGAUGAGCACCUGUGGCAGCCCUCUGGAACCCUGGAGUUCCAUAGAACACAUUUUGAAAACUAUCCAUUCAGACUGUUACAUGUUUUUUUUCUGCUGGUAACCCUGUAUAUAGACUUACCUCCUUCAAUCCAUCCAUUUUGAGGAUUGCUGCCAGAAUGAUCUUCCUAAAAUAUCAAGUCACUCCCCUACUGAAAAAACCAUUUUAAGGAUUUCUUAGUAAGGCAUUUAAGAUAAUCCACAAUGUAGCUUCAAUAUACCUUGUCAGAGGUAACGUUUGUCCUCUAAUGUUAUUCUGGACCGCUUAGUAUUCCCUGAACAUGCAUUACUUUUCCUAACUCCUGAUUUUUCUAAUGUUGUUCAAACCCAACAAGUCCAAAAAUUAACUCAUUGUCUGUCUCUCCAAUCCAAACCAACUUCUCCUGAUUUCCCAACACUGUUAAUAGCACCACAAUCCCACUGAAAUCCUCAUUCAUCCAUUAUGUUCCAUCACAAAUGCCAUUCCUUUUAGGAAGCCAUUUUUCAUUCCAGGUUGGAAUUUAUCCCUUUUUCUGAAACUUAGUAACAUUUUAUGUCUAAUGACUGCCAGAACCUAACUCCAUUUUAUGUAUAAACAUGAAGUAUUUUUGGAUGGUUUUAAUACAGCCUAAAUUGUCUAGCAAUGCAACUACUAUAUAAAUGAAGAGAAGAUGAUUCUUUGUUAUGUUGAGAGCCAAGACUCUUUUGCCAUUAUUGAUGCAACCUGUAUCCUUCUGCAUUUUUAGGCCUUACAUUCAUGGUGACUCUACAAAUAUAUCUGACUACAAUAAUAUUAUGUUUUCUAGAAUGAUUGUGCUGGUAUAUUUACAUAUUGAAAGACAAAUUAUUUUGUUAUUUUUUUAUCUUUAUAUGACAGUUGGGGCUUCAUUAAAAAAAACUCACAUGUGUGGAUAGGUUAUAUUUAAUUCAUGAUGAUAAAAGAGGUAUUACAAAAUAUUUUUUCUAAAAGGGGGACACUUCUUUCUGAGUCAUUGACUGUGUGCAUCAGAGUGGUCUGAGCUGGGGGUCUUUCACCAAGAUGCUUCAAAGCCUUUUUAAAAAUGUUUGGGUCCCCAUGAAGCCCUACUAUACCCAAGUGUACCAGGAGAUUUGGGUAGGAAUGGAGUUGAUGGGCUUCAUUGUUUAUAAAAUUGGGAAUGAUUAUAAAAGAAAUAAAGCUUUGAAAACUUUGAGUCCUGCACUUGCUUGUGGUCAUCAUUAACCAGUUUUACUUGGAAUACACAUCAGCUGGAACGUCAGUCUGUCUAUAAAUCUCAGUAAGUUAGUUCUGUGCUCUGUUGGAUAGAAACGUGAAACAUCGCUGUACACUUGUAGACAUGUUGUUUCCUUUGUGGCAUGAAUAGAUGUAACUGUGAGAUGCAAAAAAUAAAAAAUAAAAAUAAAAAAAGACACUUGGCCUUGAUAGAUUAGGUUGAGAAUCUUUCUAAGUUUACUGUACUACAAGAGAACAGCCACAGCCUAAAUAAGAUAAUGUUUAUGAAAAUCAUCUUGUAUAGUACUAGACACAAAGUUGAGGUCUAGCAAAUGUUUAUCUUAGUUCAUAAAUCAUUUACAGGUAUCCUUUAGAUCCUUGCCAAUCUAAAUAUAAUCUGUGGACCAGCAUCAGCAACAUCUGGCAGUUGUUACAAAUGCAGAAUCUUAGGCCAGACUUGCUGAAUUAAAAUCUGCAUUUUAACAAGGUUCCUAGGGAAUUCUUGUGCACAUUGAAAUCUUAUCAACCUUGCCCACAGUUUGAAAAGUGUCAGUGUAGCUUAUCAUCACUCUCAUAGCACAUGUUUGAUUAGUAGUGGAUCAUCUUUAUAUAUGUAUUUGGAAUAUAUAUUUUAUUUAAUUGCUGAUUUUAUUUUUUAUUUUUUAAAAACAUUUUUACUGUUUAUUUUUGAGAGAGAGAGAGAGAGAGCGAGUGGAGGAGGGGCAGAGAGAGGAAGAGAGAGAAUCUGAAGCAGGCUCUGUGCUGACAGCAGUGAGCCUGAUGUGGGGCUCAAACUCAUGAACAGUGAGAUCAUGACAUGAACUGAGGUCGGGUGCUUAACCCACUGAGCCACGCUGGCACCCCCUAAAUGCUGAUUUAAAAAAAAUUUUUUUUAAUGUUUUAUUUAUUUUUGACAGAGAGAGAGAGAGAGAGACAGAGCAUGAGCGGGGGAGGGGCAGAGAGAGUGGGAGACACAGAACCCGAAGCAGGCUCCAGGCUGUGAGCUGUCAGCACAGAUCCUGACACGGGGCUCAAACUCACAGACCGCGAGAUCAUGACCUGGGCCGAAGUCAGAUGCUCAACUGACUGAGCCACCCAGGCAUCCCUAAAUGCUGAUUUUAAAAGAUAGUUGAACAAUGAAAGCUUUAGAGCAUUUAUUUUUUUACUUAUAUUGUCAUACAUUUGUGACACAACCUAAUCCAAAAAUCAGAA